AUGGGCCCCGGGGGCCGGGGCGGGCCCGCCGCGCUGCCGCUGCUGCUGCUGCUGCUCCCGCUGCUCCCGCUGCGCCUGCUGAGCCCGGGCUGGGCCGCCCCCACCUUCAUCAGCGUCAACCGCGGGCUGAAGGUGACCAAGGGCAGCUCCGCCUUCCUGUCCCCCGAGGACCUGCAGUUUGCCAUCCCCAGGCAGAAAGAUGCCUGCAAAGUGGAAGUUGUGCGGAACGAGCCGGUAACCCAGAGGGUGGGGAAACUCACUCCACAGGUCUUUGACUGCCAUUUCCUUCCCAAUGAAGUAAAAUAUAUUCACAAUGGUUGCCCAAUUCUUGAUGAAGAUGCAGUGAAGUUUAGGCUUUACAGAUUUACUGAAACAGACACCUUCACAGAAACCUUUAUCCUGCGGGUCUAUCUCCUGGAACCAGACUGUAACAUCAUCCGUAUGAGUGACAACGUGUUGGAGGUGUCUGAAUUCUAUGGCCUGUCCAGAGCGAUUGAUAAGAACCUGCUCAGAUUUGAUUAUGUCAGGAUGGCUAAUCUGGAAUGUACAGUCAGUCUGGACCCCGUGAGAACUCGGCUGCCAGCCCAUGGCCGGGUGGUUCUGGUGGAGCCUCGGCCAGAAGAACCGCGUGGAGACCAGCCACACAGUUUUCUCCCUGAGUCCCGUAUGAUAGCUUUUAACACUUUUCUAGAACUGGGAACAGAGCAGAAGUGUCCAGGCGGAAGCUGUACCCUGGGAUUGAAGAAAGUGGGGAGUCUCAAAGUGAGCUGUGAGGAAUUCCUGCUGAUGGGGCUUCGUUAUCAACACACGGAUCCCCCUUCACCCAACAUUGAUUAUAUCUCCAUCCAGCUGGACCUUACAGAUAGUAGGAGUAAAGUCGUAUACAAGUCAGAGAGCAUGUGGUUGCCCGUCUAUAUCAGAGCUGGCAUUCCGAAUCAGAUUCCAAGGGCUGCAUUCAUGGCCAUGUUUAUUCUGGAAGUGGAUCAGUUCAUCCUGACCUCUUUGACCACAUCAGUUCUGGACUGCGAAGAGGAUGAGACCCCCAAACCUUUGCUGGUGUUCAACAUUACCAAAGCCCCGACCCAGGGCUAUGUGACUCACUUGUUGGAUCACACUAGACCCGUCUCCUCAUUCACCUGGAAAGAUCUCAGUGACAUGCAGAUUGCCUAUCAGCCACCAAACAGCAGCCACUCUGAGAGGAGACAUUAUGAGGUGGAGUUGGAGGUUUACGACUUCUUCUUUGCAAAGAGUGUGCCUAUUUCAGUCCACAUCUCCAUCAGAACAGCAGACACAAAUGCCCCCCGAGUAUCCUGGAAUACAGGUCUGGAUCUCCUGGAGGGGCAGUCUCGGGCCCUCACUUGGGAACAGUUUCAGAUUGUCGACAAUGAUGACAUAGGUGCUGUCCAGUUAGUCACUGUGGACGGCCUCCAGCAUGGACGGCUUACAAGGCUGGAGCAGAUAGAAGGGACAAUGGAAGAAACCACACUGUCUAAGUUUGCUGUCUUUAGCAAGUUUUCCCAGGAGCCCAAUACAACGACUUCCACUUACAUCUCCUUGUCAGACAAUGUCACAAACAACCCCUUGGUGCAAUAA